AUGUUAGAUUAUGGAGAAUCGGCUGGUUUUAAGCAUCUUGUCUUUGGCAACGUAUCUGGAUGCAAUAUUGACGAUCCACAUUUGCCUACAUUUAGUUUAUUUGACAGGGUAGGGUUGUAGGUUCAAUUUAUAAUUAGGUAGUCAAGAAAAUCGCCCCCACACUUGCGACCAGCUCUGACUGCAAGCUCUUUCGUCCUAUGUAAUUCUUCUUUAUCAUUGAAAAAAAGAAUUGAAGCUUGUAACGUAUCAUACAGUACUAUGACACAAACAGGGCAUUUGCAGGGUAAUGCAGGGCAUAGGCCAAGCCCUGCCCUGUUCCAAUGUAUACCAUGCCCUACCACGCCCUGUAAAAAAAUUUUGAAACAUGCCCUAUACCAUGCCCUACCAUGCCCUGUGGUAGGGCAUGGUACAGGGUACCCUGCCCUGCGUCCAACCCUGAUAAUACUUCUUACCAGUGACUCCCAAGCUUACUAUAUAUUCUUUUAAUUUUCAGGGGAAGAAGAGUCUUCAAACCCGUGAAUUAAUAUCCAAAUGUGGUUUACUGUUUAACGCGCUUUGUUUGAUCUAUUUUGGCAUUGUAACGUGGAAGAAUAUGCGGAAGCAACUUGAGUUCCUCUCCACGAACACAAAACGCCUAAUUGUCAACUUCAACUUGGUGUUGACAUUACAAGUAGGUCGAAAUACAUAUGUAACUUACAAGUAGCACGUACUCUUAUAACAUUUGUACUGUAUGCCAAUACAUAUAGUAUACAUACAUAUAGUCUGGCGUCUGAAGCCCACUCUUUGUAAAUACGUUUGAUAUGUAGCUUAUAAGUUGUGCUGGUGUAAGCGGAUGCAACCAAAGAAUAUCUCGCACACCAACUUAUUACCGCUGGCUUUGUAGUUUAAAGGAUUUGUAAAGAUAGAGGGGGGGGGGAGGGCAGAGUAGAGUGCAACACUUUUAAAAUAUGUCUUACAGUUGUUCAUUUAGGCCCUUUUACCGCUGCUUUUCACAAUUUUACCAUCCGUCGUUUACUUGGCACAUAACCAGCCUACAUCGUGGAAGAAAGUCUCCGCAACAGUUGCUUUCGUAGGCUCAAUAAGUAGCCCGACCUUGGACGCGUUGAUAGUUUUAUUUGUUAUGCCAUCUUUCCGACGACGAGUCGUUUCUUACUUUCCUAUAAAGACAACUUCAAACGUCACGACGGUAGUGCAUUUGGACUCGUUUCGAACAACGUUUUGA